CGCUGUCGAGACUCCGAAAUCGACGCCGAGUCGACAGACCACGAAACCGAAACCGAAAAGACUCGUGCGACAAUGAGAGCCGUCAUUGCUUGUGAUCGAUGCAGGAGGUCCAAAGUAAAAUGCAAGCAUCAUGGCCAACCCCCUUGCAUGGGAUGUGUGAAAAGUCGGAAUACCGAGAGUUGCGCCCUCAGCGGGCCUGCUCUUCCUCCCAAGCACUCCCCUAGCCCGAGGUUACGGACGCUAAAGCGGAAGAAUUCACAACAAGCCGAUGAUACAGAGGCUUCUAAAAUCUCACGGCCGAAGACGGUAGAACAUGACAUUUGUCAGGUCUUUAACCAAAUCCCGCGGGACCGGCUCAUCCGGGCUUCCGCUGUGUUUCAGUCCCAAUUUCCCGAAGUUGGGUUUCUGCAUCCCAGCGACCUUGACUAUGAGGAUGCAGAUAUAAGUGCGGUGCAAAUGCUUCGGCUGUUGGCUCUACUGGCAGUUUCAAAUCGCUAUCUUGACGACUGUUCGAUCGAUGCAAGCUCUAACCAUGCACUGCUGGUGACGACCGAGCUUCAUAAACGCCUUCUCAGCUCUCCGAGCCUCUACCUAGUCCAGGCAUUUCUGAUUUUGUCCCUGUGCAACUGGGGCGAUGGCGAUGGCUUCAACGCCUGGAUGCAUGCUGGGAUUGCCUCCAGGAUGGCUCAGGGGAUUCUCGGGACCAAAAUAUCCGAUAUUAGCAGAGCGUCCAUGUCGGAGUUGGAAAAGAGAACGUUGUGGUCGUGCUUUGCGGUGGACAAGCUUCUGAGUUGCGGGAAACGACGGCAAAGCAUGUUUGACCUCGAGAGUAUGAACCGCCUUUUCCCAUCGAAUGAUGCUGAUUUUGCAUUUGGAGAACGGAACGCGCCGCAGGGACUUGUGCUAGCUCAAGUAUCAUCACCGCACUCGUCACCGCACUCGACAGGCCUUGGGCCAAGCGACUCCUUCCUGCUCGUCAUCAAGGGCCUACAUAUCUGGUCCAAGAUACACUCUUGGACUGCAGAGGGUGGAAGAAGGCAACCGGGGAUGGCCGAGGCAGAACAAUGCCCCUGGGUGGAAACCUCCCAAUGGAGCUGCAUGAUGCGAGAGCUUCUCGAAUGGAGAAAUUCCCAGAAUGUCAGGUUGAAAUACCCAGAGACAAAAGUAUCGUCACAUGCCCACAUGAAGCAAGCUGAGAAAUUUGGAUAUCUCAACUUGAUUUACUACGUCAGUAUGCUCUUUCUUCGCCGCGAGUACAUCCCAUUUCUCCCCGUUGGAGAAACGAAGCCUCGGGGCCCCAUCGAAGCACCAUUGUUAAAAGCGACCGGCUCGGAUUUAUUCUGGGAAAACAAUCUAAAGGAACUUUCCUAUGCGUCCGCUCAAAUAUCACAUAUCCUUCGAGAUCUCAGACGGGCUAACUCAUCCCUUCAUACACCAUUCGCUGGUGUAUGUGCCUUCUCGUCGGCACUGAGGGCGCUCUAUGCAGCCUCCUUCCCGGCUUACUUCGGUUAUGAUGAGGACCAGACGAAGGAAGUAGAGAUCCAGGCCGAGGAAAGCAUGAAAGAUCUUCGUGAGACUGGUCGCUUGUGGAAGAUUGCCGAUGACUGGAUUGACGUGCUCGACACAGCCAAGAGCCUUUUUUGCCGCGUUACCUCGGAGACACACGGGUGGAAGGUGAGGCGAUCGCGAUAUGACUACCCGGAUCUCGAGGAGUCUAUUUAUCUGCUCCCGCUCAAGGGAAUGCCGCGACCUGCCGCCUCUUCUCAACCAGCCUCGAGUUCCCUGACUUGUGUUGAUGAAACAAUGUCGGCAACAGGACAGGGACCAAUUGAGGAAGAGAUAGAAAUCAAUCGUUCUGCGGCUCCCAAGGUAUUCUCCGAGGACAUGUCGAGUUUUAGUAAUGGGAUAAUGGACGAGGAUGAGUGGAGGCUGUGGUCAUUUUGGGAUGACCCGCAUCUGCUACCCACAAUCGUCGAUCCUAACCUAGAGCUCGAGGAGAGGGGCGAAGGCAUACUCGGUCCUACCGCCUAAAUUAUUAUUGCAUCUAGAAAGGGUUUUUUGAGACUUUCUCGUGUGGUACUCCAUCAAAUUAACACUGCAAUUGUGACAAAGCAUUUUGUGCGUACUCGAGAUUCAGUCUAACAGAUCUUGAACACGGCGGUUUCCAGGUCACUCAGUGCGAGUAGUACUAGGGACUAAACAGCCGCAAAUACUCGCUACAGAUUUAUGUGAUAAUCCAAC